GCGCUGUCACGUGACGCGGGUCUCGCGCUGAGACGGCUGCGUUAGCCGCGAUGGCGCUCAGGUCCUGCUGCAUCUACGGCGCAGGGCUGCUGUCCAUUCUCAUCUUAAUCGUGGGCAUUGCAGUGGCGUUGGCGCACGUCUUCCAAAGCGUGUUGUACAACAGGAUAAAAUCGGAAGUAGUGCUGGAAAAUGGCACAGAGGCGUUUGCAAUAUGGCAAGAUCCUCCCCCGCCUGUCUACAUGGAGUUUUACUUCUUCAAUCUGACAAAUCCCGCGGAGGUGAUGUCGGGAGAGCGACCUGCGGUGAUCGAGGUCGGGCCGUACACAUACAGAGAGUAUCGGCCCAUGGAGCGGGUGAUCUUCAUGGCGAAUGGUACCAAAGUAGCAGCGGUCAACCCCAGAACCUACGUGUUCGAGCCCAGCAGGUCGCGAGGGUUAGAGGACGACCUCAUCAGGACUGCCAACAUCCCUGCUGUGGCGGUGAUGGAGAAGUUCAAAGGUCAUUCCAUCAUAAGCCGCUUCAUCGCUGACCUGAUGAAGUCCAAAGGCAUCGGACUGUUUGCCAUGCGGACCGUGUCUGAGCUCCUGUGGGGGUACGAGGACCCCCUGCUGAAGGAUCUCCAUGUGGUUGACCCCUCUCUCGACCCCUACUUUGGCCUAUUCUACAAGAUGAAUGGGACAGAUAAUGAGGAGUAUGUGUUUUUCACUGGGAAACAGAACUAUCAGGAUUUUGCUCGAGUGAGUCAGUGGAAUGGCCAAAGUUCACUGCGCUGGUGGACCACAGAUGAGUGUAAUAUGAUCAAUGGAACCAACGGAGCAACGUUUCAUCCAGUCAUCACCAAGACCGAAAGGCUCUACAUGUUCUCCACUGACCUGUGCAGGUCCCUGUAUUCCACAUUUGAGGCUGAGCGGAGUGUGAAGGGGAUCCCUGUUUACCGUUUUGUCCCCCCCUUUGAGGUGUUUGCCAACAAGUCGGUAAAUCCUGCCAACGCUGGAUUCUGCUUGGGAGGGAAUUGUCUCGGCUCCGGCCUGCUGAAUGUCAGUGUAUGCAAAACAGGUGCCCCAAUCAUCAUGUCCUGCCCACAUUUCUACCACGCGGACGAGCAGUUUGCCCAGAGCGUGUAUGGGAUGAGACCCAGGAAGGAGGAGCAUGAGACCGCCAUCGACAUCAACCCGCUCACAGGCUUCGUAGUGCAGGCAGCAAAGCGCCUUCAGGUCAACGUCUUCAUCGAGAAGCUUCCGUUCUUUAGCGAGAACAUCAGGACGUUGGUCUAUCCAGUGAUGUUCCUUAAUGAGAGUGUGCUCAUUGAUGAGGAGUCUGCCAGGAAGCUGCGACUGGUGGUUACUGAGGGCAACGUGGUGGUCAACAUUCCCUUCAUCCUGAUUGGCCUAGGCAUCAUACUGGGUGUGGUCUUCAUGGGGUUGCUGUGCUUUCUAAAAACGCCAGAGCCAAGCUCUCCUGCUGAGCGCCAGCCCUUGCUGGGGUCCUAAAUGCCAGAGGUCACGGCUGGUAGGGGGAGGUCAGGGGUCUUUCAUCCAGCAUCUGUCCUCUCAGCUGAAGGUAGUUUUUACAUGGAGCCAAUCAGCUAACCACUAAUGCCAGUACAGUGUUUGCCCCAGUCGUCUCUCACGCCUGCAGCAGUCAUCAUGUCAGCAGACUUUGGUCGGAGUCACAAUUUUUCCAGCCUUUGUGGACUUUUAGAGGAUAUUUUUGUUUUAUUUAUUUUUUUAAUUUCACAUUUUAGUUUAACAAUGAGAGCACCAGUGAGAUGGCUAUUGAGAAAAUGUUAUAUUUGUCCAGGUCGCAAACACCGAUGAUUUCAAAAUAACUAACAGGAAGGGGGCGGGGUUGUGAUUGGCAGUAAGUGAUUAGCUGUUCACCUUGUGGAGGUCUUGUGACCUCCAUAGAAUUCCAUGAACAUGUAAAUCUCGAUCGAUUGCUUGAGAAGAGUUUACCCAGAUCGUAGUAAAACUGUGGGAGGUAUAAAGAAAACCGUGUGACACCACAGCAGAUUUGACGUGCUCCGUUUAUUUAGACACAAUAUGUUGGUCAUCACGUCACUUAAAAUAUCAAAGUCCCCUACAUGCACCAUUAUUAACACUGCUCUGUCACAGCACACUAAUCCUACCCUAACCCUACACUAAGCCUGACCCUGACCCUAACCUAACCCGGCCUGUCGGCGUGCACUAACCCCGGCUGCACCAGGGUUAUGCCACUCUGUGUAAGAUUCAGGUUCUACACAGAAUUCUAAUUUUUAGAAAAUGACACACACAGAGUCCACAGACUUCUAAAUUUAAACACUGACGUGUACUCAAGUUAUGACUGCAAUUUGGCCGGGAUUCCGAAAUGCCACCUGGGUUAACCCUACACCUAACCCUAACCCUUAGCCCUAAACCUGGCCGCUGUGUAAUUCCUCUGUGCCACUGAUGGGUGGGAGCUUGGAUCUUGGAGCUCCAGGGAGCACAGCCUGUCUCUGGGGGACACAGGACAGCUGCAGCCAUUCGAUGGGAUAAAAUGGGAUAAAGGCACAGGACUAUGGGAUAUUAGACACAGGGAACUAAUCGCAGUUAGCUAUUAAUCACAGUGAGGAAGUAAUCACAGUUGAAGGGUGCAGAGGCACCUAGUCUAUUUAACUGUAUCAAAGAACAGAUUUUACUACAUUUUACUGGAUAUUUGUGGGGUUUUAUGUUGGCAAAUGUGUAGUAGAAAUUGUUUAUUUUAGAGUGGGUGGUGAAGCGAUAUUUUGAUUUGCUUGUGUUUUUAUGCAUCUGAAAUUUGAUUUUUGUAUUUUGUGUUAACUUUGUAUGUGUAGUAACUGAGAAUUAUUAUUCUGUUCCACUUUGCUUCUAAUGCAGAAGAGCUUCAAAUGUACUGUAAGAUUCAAAGCAUUUUAAAUAAUGUUUGAUGCAUGCAUUCACAAAGUUACGUGUAAGCUUCAUUCUCAUGUCAGAACUCAGAUGGUCCUAAUGUGUAAGACCUUCUGAUCUAUAAGGUUGUCUUGACCGUGUAAUCACUAAUUUUCCCACAUAUUUGGCUUUUACUGUGUGUGUGAAUGCACAAAAUGUCUUGUGCUAUGCAUCGUUAGUGCCAUCCCAUCUUAAAACAGAGCAAGUGGAGUUAAAAGAGGACCAUCAAGAUCCAGAGAGGACUGUAGAAUUUGUAUAGAGAAGACUCAUAGUCUCCAUGGAGUGACUUCUGAAACUGUCCAUCUGGAAUACCACAGUGUUACUGGUGAAGGUCUGCAGGCACCAGGUCCUGCAGGGAUGGAGCAGCAGCAGACCCAAACAACAAACACACUUACAUUUCACUUUUCUGACAUUAUUAAGCAUCAAUUACAGUGUUAUAACCAUAUAUUGGCUACAAUAUACAGAAACUAAAUUUUGGUGUCUUCAAUUUUUGUGAAAGUGUUUCUAUAUUUGUGAGUUUUGAAAGCAGCAUUUUUGAAGCUGUUGCUGUUUUCUCAAAUGCCUUGAGAAGGCAUUACCUUAAUCAGGCAUCUUGGCGUCCGGUAUCUGCCACCUUAGCGUCCAGUAUCUGCUAGCUGAGGAGUCAGGGUUCAUAGCUAGUUACCACAAAGACCUCAUCUGCAGACCUGUCUGUACUGAUGUAGCACUUCAGAUAGGCCAUUGCACUUUAAGAACGUGUUGCAGAGUAGAGUGGAUAACAAUAUAUGAGGGCAGUGAUGAUUGCCGUGUUUGUGUGAGUUGGGCGUUACUUUAAACGGUUUUCUGGUAAAUGUGAAGAAUUUGAUUUGUUCUUUUCGUAAUGAAGUCUUUUUGCCCAAAUUUGAAAAGGAAAAUCUCCAAAAUCUCUGUUCAUCAUUCUUUACUCAGGCAGUUUGAUUUCCUGUUUCAUCCUGACUCAGUUACCCCGCCUGGGUUAGGCUGCGCUUGUACAGACCCUGUAGCAUGAUUCAUCAAGUCUGUCCACAGGUGGGUGAGGGUGGGCAAUACAACAAACAUACAGCAUCACCUCACUUGGACACCGGUGCAGGUCUACAGGGGCCACCAGUCUGAGUGUUAUUGGUGCAGGUCUACAGGGGCCGCCAGUCUGAGUGUUACCGGUACUGAUCUACAGCGACUGCCACCAGUAAAGCAUCACUUCAUCUGGAGGAAUUUUCACAAUGCUAAUCACAAAUCACUAUAUGCAGUGGAUCAUGCUAUAUACCAGCAAAACUGGUGCAUUUAAGAAAGCUAUAAACACGCGAAUACAGAUAUCGUAUUAUUUAUUUUGUGUUUUAUGUUGUGUUUAAAAAUAAACUAUUGAAGAAGUGACACAAAAAAAUCAAACUUGGAAACACAAACUAAGGGAAAUUGUUGAGCUGAGGCCCUCCUGGGCCGAGCGGCGUGUUGCCAGUGUUGGCCGUUUUUCCAGGACCUGCAGUGGUUCAGUGGUCUAGCUAAAGCCCAUGAUCUGUCGGGAUGCCUGUCAGUGAGGGAAGAAGCUUUUGCUGUUGUUUAAACUGAAAGGGUUCAUGUGUGGACAGACGUCUGCAUGGAUGUUUUGACUCACACCUGCCUCCCCAAGAUUUGUUUGGUUUUGUUUUGAAUCCAAUUAUUGCUCUGAAACUCCAACAUCUGGGUUUUUUUUUUCUUAUAAAACAAGACGCAUAUUGCACUGUAACAAUGUCAAGAACAUUUAAAACACAUCAGCAAACAGUAUUUACAUUUUAUGGUAGUCUUGCCUGUGUGUCCAAUAUUUACAAAUAAAUAUCGCUCUAAUAACCUGUUAAUAAAUGUGAAUGAUGUCUUCUGA